GUAAAGACCGUUCGCUCUCACACAGUAACUUUCACACCCUCGACAAUUCCAACUCUCCGUCUCUCUGCCGACCUCUACUCAGUCAUUUAGUUACUCAUUUGACCUUUUUGUGUCCAUCAUUUCAUUCCCAGUCCCUCUUCCGCACGUCACCAGUCAUCCGGGCAGCAUCCGCAACAAUGGCUAGAAGCUCAAGAUCCAGCGUUACUAAGAAGAACAACCAGAGACUCAAGGCGAAUGUCUUUGGGCCUGUUGAGCAGGCGAGAGCCGAGCGUCUCUCGGCGAAGCUGCUGGAAUUAUCCAGGCAGCCCAAGCCGGAGAAGGAGGCCGAUGUCAACAUGGACGUUGAAGAGCAGAAUGAUGAUGCGCAAAUCAACGGCGAUGAUACUGAGAAGAAGACUGAAAAGACUGACGAUAACGUCAUGGAUGUCGACUCGGCCAAGCCCAAGCGUCGGUCUGGUAGAAUCCAAAAGCAAAGGAAGAAGACGUCCAAGGUUGUUUUCCCUAAGUACAAGGACCGUCGCGGAGGUGUUCAGAAGAAGGCCUGAGCUUGUUGCUGCCGUUUUUUCAUCAUGCUUCUGACUUCAUGGUCACUUUAUGUUAUGGCUGGAGAGACGCUUUCAACGAGGCGAAAGACAGACCGCCCUGAUGAGAAGUCUCGUUGCGAGUGUUUCGCUUCUGAACAUAGCCUAUACCUCCUUGGCGUUUUUUUGUGUGUGGGUAAUUAAGGGACUGAAAUUUUUUGCGGUUAUUUGGGUGUCGUUUUUUCAAACUGCACCCAACGGAAUUUGAGACUCGGUUGAAAAUCGGUAGACGGAAUUUGCACCAGCAGGGAGUAAAUCAAUUACGACUCUUGAAUGAUGCAGAAUACAUAUUAUUCAGUGC